AUGCCUAAGAAGGCAGUGACCUAUGAUGAUGUGCAUAUCAACUUCACUGAGGAAGAGUGGAAUUUGCUGGAUCCUUCCCAGAAGAAUCUCUACAAAGAUGUGAUGCUGGAGACCUACAGGAACCUCACUACUAUAGGAUACUUUUGGGAAGAACAUAAUAGUAAAGAACAUUGUCAACGUUCUAGAAGACAUGAAAGGACACAGACUGAAGAGAAACCCUGUGAAUGUAAUCAGUGUGGUAAAGCCUUUACUCAAAACAGUGUUCUUCAAACUCAUAAAGGAACACAAACUGGAGAAAAAACCUAUGAAUGUAAGCAGUGUGGUAAGGCCUUUGCUGGACCCAGUGCUCUUCAAAUACAUGAAAGAACAUAUACUAGGGAGAAACCCUAUGAAUGUCAUCAGUGUGGUAAGGCCUUUGCACGUCAAGGCAAUCUUCAAACGCAUAAAAGAACACACAGUGGAGAGAAGCCCUAUGAAUGUAAUCAGUGUGGUAAGGCCUUUGCUCGCCACAGUACUCUUCUAAUACAUGAAAGAACACAUACGGGAGAGAAACCCUAUGAAUGUCAUCAGUGUGGUAAGGCCUUUGCAUGUCAAGGCAAUCUUCAAACGCAUAAAAGAACACACAGUGGAGAGAAGCCCUAUGAAUGUAAUCAGUGUGGUAAGGCCUUUGCUCGCCACAGUACUCUUCUAAUACAUGAAAGAACACAUACUGGAGAGAAACCCUAUGAAUGUAGUCAGUGUGGUAAGGCCUUUGCUGAAAACAGUACUCUUCAAAAGCAUAAAAGCACACAUACUGGAGAGAAACCCUAUGCAUGUAGUCAGUGUGGUAAGGCCUUUGCUCACCACAGUGCUCUUCUAAUACAUAAAAGAACACAUACUGGAGAGAAACCCUAUGAAUGUAAUCAGUGUGGUAAGGCCUUUGCUCAACACAGUGCUCUUCUAAUACAUGAAAGAACACAUACUGGAGAGAAACCCUAUGAAUGUCAUCAGUGUGGUAAGGCCUUUGCAUGUCAAGGCAGUCUUCAAACGCAUAAAAGAACACACAGUGGAGAGAAGCCCUAUGAA